AUGGCGUUGGUGCGUGAGCUGAUGAAGCACCAUCGCCAAUUGUUUGGUCAGGAUGCUGGCAAGGUGUCCUCCCGCAGGAAGUCUGUCCUGUGGGGGCAAGUAAUAGUUGCCGUCAAUAGUGAGGGUGUGGUGAGGCGGACUGAGGACACGUGUCGCAAGAGGUUCUAUGACAUAAAGCGGCGUGUCAAGGCCAAGAUGGCCAAAGAGGCAAAAUCAGCCCGCAAAACCGGAGGUGGCCCCCCUUUCCGGGCAACCUAUCGGGAGUGGGAGGAGCCUGUGCGGGCACUGAUUCCUGCAGAAGUGGUGUCUGCAACUCAUGUCCGGGAUUCGGACCGACCCACGCAGGAUGUCCGACAGACCAGCCGGCCAGACAGGCCUCAGACAACUCAGGAUGAUGCUGGGAUUGCAGGUUCUGCUUCUGUAAGCCUACCUCCUCUAAGGCGCCCAUCACAGGGCUCGGGGCACUUACCCAGGAGGCCAAGUAAGACACGGCGUCUUGGCACGGAAUCUGCGGCUCCAUCUUCCCCACCCAGGCGGCGCAUUUCUGCAGUGUCACCCCAGCCACCACUGGCACUAUUGGCGAGUCCACAGAGUGAUGAGCCCCGAUCACCUCAGUUAUCUGAGCCAAGCUUGAUGGCCGACGUGGACCAGCAGGGACAAGACCAACAGGCAACCUUCACACUGCAACUAACACCUGUUGACCCGAGCCAGCCAAUACAGCUGCAGGAUAUCCCCCAAGCCUCCAUGAGUCCACAACUGGCACAAGCUCCACCCCAGCCACAAAUACCAGAUGACUUUUGGUCCAGUUGGACAAGCCAACAGGCCCAAAGCAAUGCCAGCCUGACCGCACAUACCCAACACCUUGCCAGUCUGCCCCAUCAUCUACCGCGCAUUAGUCGCAACUCGGGCAGACUGAUUGUCCAAGUAGGCCGAAUCGCAACAUCGAUGGAGCAAAUACGGGCAGACAACAACCAAAUGCUGGCUCAUUUAACGCGCAUCAUUGAUGAGCAACAGCGCCACCAACAAACACUCGUACAACUAAUACAGCACAACCAGGUUGUGAAUGAGUCUUUAUCCCGGAUUGUAGCCAGCCACACUGCAACCAACACACAACUGAAUGCAAGCAUAAAUAAUUUGAGCAACAACAUAACAUUGAUGGCAGCUCAACAAUUAAAUUUUGGUCUCAUCACUCCAAAUGACUUUGUUCCAGAAGUACCAUCUAAAUUACAAAAGAUAUUACCUAAAUCAAAAUUCGAGCCCCAGUCACAGAAUGCAUCUAUAAAGACAUUUGUAUGUCUACUGGAACAACAGACUGAUGACCAUUUGCGCAGCAGCCCACAAGUCCGAUAUAACCUUACAAAGGAAGAAAGUGAUGCACUCCAACACUUAGCCGAACAGACAAAUUUGAUCUUUCGACCAGCGGACAAAGGGGGUGCAUUGGUCAUACAAAAUUUGCAGGACUAUAAAAUGUACCAGCUCAUAUGCCCCUGUGGGCUGUCAUACAUUGGGAAGACUGAAUGGAUGUUCAAGGAACGUAUGGCAGCCCACAGAUCGGCUAUUAAGCAUGCAAUCACUAAAGGAUCAAGUGAACAGCCUGUUGCAAGGCAUUUUGCAGAUAAACGCCAUCCACUCACCACCCUUAAAUAUCGUAUGAUAGACCAUUGGGAGACUGAGAAAUACAAGUUGAACAGUCAGUUAAAAUUGCACAAACACUUUAGUGGUCGCAAGACACUAUCCGAGAUUCAGAAAUUUGAUAAAAUACCUAGGAAUUUAUUAAAAUUUCAAAAACACUCUGGGUUUGAUCCAGUGUCUAAUAAUGCUGCCAUAAAAACACAUGGAUGCAUGCUAGAUAAUACUGUACACAGUGAUGUGGUAGCUGGUAUGUUGAAUAAUAAAAAUAAAUGUAUAAUUAAUCUGAGCAGGGAUGAAUUUAAUGCACCAAGAGAUUUGUCUACAUACACCAAUAUCACAAUAUGCCCCACUGAUAAAGGUGGGGCUAUUGUGAUACAGGACUUGCAUGAUUACAAAGCUGAACUAGAAAGGCAAUUAAAUGAUACCAGUGAUUACCGACUGCUUGAGUGUGAUCCUACUUUAAAUUUUAGUAGAUUAUUGAACAAUAAGUUACAGCUGGCAGUGAAUUCUGGUGUCAUUUCAAAUGAUUUGAAGAGUGCUUUAAUUAUUGAACAUCAGUCAUUUAUUCACUGCCCAAGAUACAUAAAACCUUGA